AUGGGGUUGAUUGGGUUCAUUCAAGAUUUCAACAUCAUCAUCAUCGCAAUCGGGACUCUGUUGCACAUGUUCUGCAAAUUAUUGACAUUGUCUUCUUCUCCGUCUUCUGCGGCUGAUUCUGAUGUUGCUCAUUCUACUGCUGUUGCUCAUUCUGAUAUCCCCCAACGUCGAAAAAAGUAUGAUGUGUUUAUCAGCUUCAGAGGUGAGGACACCCGCAAUACUUUUACGAGCCAUCUUUACGAUGCCUUGCUUCAGAAGAAGAUUGAUACCUACAUCGAUAGGAGACUUGAGAGAGGAGAACAAAUAGGACCUGCUCUUCGAAAGGCAAUCCAGAAAUCAAAGCUUUGGGUGAUCAUUUUUUCACAAAACUAUGCUUCUUCCACAUGGUGUUUGGAUGAACUUGUGCACAUACUUAAAUGCAACAAAAGAGGCAACAGAAGAGCCGAGUCUGUGAUACCCAUUUUUUACCACACCGAUCCAUCAGAUGUACGAAAACAACGAGGGAGUUAUGCGGCUGCAUUUGCUAUACACGAAAAACGUUUCAAGGACAAUAUCGACAAGGUGCACAAGUGGAGGGGUGCUUUGACGGAUGCAGCCAAUGUAGCUGGGUUUCAACAUUCAGAAAACACAUGGACGGAUGCCGAUUUAGUCAAGAUAGUUGUUAAGGAUAUUUGGACCAAAUUGAGUCGCCAUUCAUCCUGCAAUUUAAAGGGCCUUGUUGGAAUUGAAAGUCGCAUCGAGCAGAUCGAAUCACUGUUAGGCAUUCAUUUAACGGACCAUCUGAUCACUGUAGGUAUUUGGGGCAUGGGUGGUAUUGGCAAGACCACCCUUGCUAAAGCUGUAUUUCGCAAACACUCUUCUAAAUUCGAAGCCUCGUGUUUUCUUGAAAAUGUUACGGAGAGAGAACAAAAAGAUGGGCUAAAACACUUGCAAAACAAACUUCUUGAAGAGUUAUUUAAGGGUAAUGAAGUGAUGUCCAUAGGAGUCAAUUUUGUUAAUGAUAUGCUCGGCCAGAAAAAGGUCCUCAUUGUUCUUGAUGAUGUGAGUGAGGCAAUGCAAAUAGUAGAGUUAGCUAGCCAUCGUCUUCAGUAUGGCACUGGAAGUAGAAUCAUUUUCACAAGUAGAGAUAGGAGCAUACUUAAGCACAAUGUUGUAGAGGAUCAGAUCUACAAGGUUGAGGGAUUAAAACCGAAUGACGCUCUUAAGCUCUUCCGUUCGUAUGCAUUCAAGAAUACCGGUACUUCUAAAAUAGAUUAUGAGUUGGUUGAUGGGGCGGUGGCUUAUGCCGGAGGCGUUCCUUUAGCUCUUAUACUUCUGGGGUCCUCAUUCCUAAAUUGCAAGAGCAAAGAAGCCUGGGAAAAUGAAUUGGACAAAUUGAAACAAUUUCCCAAUGAAAAUAUCCUAAGAGUGUGGAGACCAAGUUAUGACAGACUGACAAAAAUUGAUAAGAAUAUAUUUUUGGAUAUAGCAUGUUUUCAUAAAAAGAAGAAGGUGAAAGAGGUAGAAAAAAUGUUAGCUAUCCAUGGAGGCUUUCCAGCAACCCGAAUUGGAGCUCUUGUUGAUAUGUCUCUCAUAUCAAUUGACUCAAAAUCGAAAACCAUAGAGAUGCUAGAUUUGGUUGAAAGAAUGGGAAGGGCAAUUGUACGGGAGGAAUGUAUUGAAGAUUCCAGUAAGCGGAGUAGGAUGUUCAACGAUGAGGAUGCUUCUCAUGUAUUGGAAUGUAAUACGAUAACUCCAAAUGUUGAAGCCAUAUUGGUGAAUUGGUCAAAGAUUGAAGAGCGAUCAUUGACUUGUGCAAACUUCAAAGUGAUGUCUAACCUAAGAUUGCUAAUUGUGGAUAAUUGCUACAAAAUCACCACUCCUCUAGAACUUCCCGAUUCUCUUAGUUAUCUUUACUGGCCUAAAUAUCCACUGGAAUCUUUGCCGUCAAAAUUUUCUUCGAAAAAUCUGGUUGAGCUUCAUAUGCCCAAUAGCAAAGUUAAGAAGCUUUGGAAAAAAGACCAGAGACCUGUGAACUUACAAGUGAUCGAUCUAUCAAACUCAAGAAAUCUAACUAGAGCUCCAAAUCUCUCUAGGAGUCGAAAACUUGUGAGCAUAAAUCUCAAUGGUUGUUCCAGGUUGGUUGAAAUUCCUGGGGGUAUUCAACAUCUUGACAAGCUGACUCAUCUUGAUCUUGGAGACUGCAGCAAUCUCAAGUAUCUUCCAAAGAUGCCAGGAAAUAUUCAAUACUUGGAUUUACAAGGCAGUGGUAUCAAGGAGUUGCCCAAAUCAGUCUGGUCUAACAAAAACAUUUCUUACUUGAAGUCCUUAGAUUUAAGUAGAACAGCAGUUAAAGAGCUACACUCAUCAAUCGGGUCUUUCCCUGCUCUCAAAAGACUUCAACUGCAAGGUUGCGAAAGGCUUUUGAGUAUUCCAGAGACCAUCUGUAAGUUGAAAUGUCUUGAGAAACUUGAUCUCAAAGGUUGCUCUAGUUUUUCCAAAUUCCCUGAAAUCUUGGAGCCAAUGGAACAUUUGGUGUCUCUUAGUUUGGAAGGGACAGCUGUCGAAAUGCUUCCUUCGUCAUUUCGAAAUCUAAUUGGGCUUCAAACUUUAGACCUUAGUGGCUGCAAGCACCUCAAGGUUGUUGAUAAAAGUAUCUACCUUUUAACCAAACUUAAACGUCUCAACUUUAAAGCCUGUCGGGAACUUGAAAGAUUGCCUUCCAGCUCUGAACGUUUUCCCUCUUUAGAAGUACUAGAUCUCAGCGACAGCGGUAUAUUGGAAAUCCCUGAUGGUCUCGUUCGCUCAACCUCAUUGAAACGUAUGUAUCUGUCUGGAACCAAGAUUAGGAGCAUACCUGCAAGCAUCAAACAAGCUUCUCGGUUGUCUGAACUCAACAUAGUCAACUGCAAGUGGCUUCAAUCUUUGCCAGAACUCCCAAUGCAAUGUAAUGUUGAAGCUGAAGGCUGCGCGGCGCUGAAGAGAGUGGCAAGUUCAAGAAAUAAGACUCACAAACAGGCAAGGCUCUUAUUAUUUUAG